CUGUACUACAUCUAAAAUCUAGAUCUUGAUCGUACAAGUACCAAAGGGCAUGCUUUUUGUUUUGUCGUUGUACUGACAAUUAUCUGGCAAUUGACAAAAUUCGUUCUUUUUCUAUUUCCGGUCCGAAGCCUAGCUGACAACAGCGAUGGGUAAAUUUAUGAAAUCUGGAAAGGUAGUCCUGGUUUUAGGAGGAAGAUUCGCCGGACGAAAGGCAGUUAUUGUUAAAAAUUAUGAUGAAGGCACAACAGACAAACCUUAUGGACAUGCACUGGUAGCUGGCAUUGAUAGAUACCCUAGAAAAGUAACAAGGAGUAUGAGCAAAAAGAAGAUCAAGCAAAGAUCUAAAGUGAAGUCCUUUGUCAAAGUCUACAACUUCAACCAUCUUAUGCCUACUAGGUAUUCAGUGGAUAUUAACUUUGAAAAGAAUGUUGUAAACAAAGAUAUCUUCAGGGACCCAGCACUGAAGAGAAAGGCAAGGAGAGAGGUCAAAGCCAAAUUUGAAGAGAGAUACAAGACAGGCAAAAACAAAUGGUUUUUCCAGAAAUUGCGAUUCUAAAUGUUGAAAAUAAAAUUACAAUGCUUUAAAAAAAUGAA